AUGGGCAACGUAGUCUUGGUUACUGGUGCGUCUCGCGGGAUAGGCCUGCAAUUGGUGAAAACUAUCAUGGAGAGAGACGCUGACUGCGUGGUUUACGGUGUAGCAAGAACAGAAGAUAGUCUGCAGUCUUUGCAAAAGGAAUACGGCGCAGACAGGUUUAUGUACCGUGCCUGUGACAUUACGGACAGGUCACAGGUGGCAGCUCUGGUCGAAGAAAUCCGAAACAAGCAGGGAAAAUUGGAUAGUAUCAUUGCGAAUGCUGGAAUGUUAGAACCGGUGAAGUCUAUCUCCCAGUCCACCUCCGAGUGUGACAUCAACCAGUGGGAACGGCUAUUCGAUGUGAACUUUUUUAGCAUCGUCACUUUGGUGACGCUGUGUUUACCCCUGUUGAAGAGCUCGUCAAAAGUUAGCAGCAUCGUCUUUGUCAGCUCUGGGGCCAGUGUGAAGCCAUACAACGGAUGGUCUGCAUACGGCUGCUCCAAAGCCGCACUGAACCAUUUUGCCAUGGACAUCGCUAGUGAAGAGCCCAGUGACAAGGUCCGCACAGUGUGUAUUGCACCGGGCGUCGUGGACACGCAGAUGCAAAAAGAUAUCAGAGAGACGUUGGGCCCUCAGGGUAUGAAACCUGAGGCUCUCGAGAGAUUUACUCAAUUGUACAAGACCUCGUCGUUGUUAGAUCCUAAAGUGCCCGCAACAGUGCUAGCGCAGCUUGCGCUGAAAGGUAUUCCCGAUGCUUUGAACGGCCAGUAUCUCCGCUACAACGAUGACCGGCUUGUGCCGGUGCAGGGCUAA